AUUGCCUCAGAGAAUGUGUGCUAUUAGCCUGGCACAUGAGCCUAGUUGGUAUUCUGUGUGUGGCAUGGAGCUGUGAUGAAAAUAAAGUUUACCAUUUAGAGAUAACUCAAGAUUUCCUCAAAGAUACUUGUGGACAUCUCAGCUACUAAAGGGCAAGCAAAGAAAACCCACAACAAUUUUCAUAUUCCUUUUUUUCACACAUUAUUUUGGGGGCAGAGAGUACACUGAGUAUCUUUGGACAACCUUGUGAUAUCUCUACACACCCUGUGGUAAAAUUAAUGGGAUCCAUUCGCUAUUCCAGACUGUCCUUUUAUGUAGUAAAGAGCCAGUGAGUGAAGAAGAACCACACAAGUAUCAUAAAGAUAUAACCAACAUUAUAAAAUACAAAUGCAAAUAAAAAGAAUUAAAACGGCAGCACAAAACCAAUACAUUCUGGGUUUAAAAAACUAUUUAAGAGUCCAUUUAAAGCACAUGGCUUCCCCUCAAGGAUCUUGGGAACUGUAGUUUGUUAAGGGUGCUGUGAAUGGUGCCUCCGUGAGGAGGGGUAGCCUACAGUUCCCAGCAUCCUUUGGAGGAAGCCACAAAGUGGCAUAAAUGUGCUUUAAACGCAUGGGGCAGUUGUGACCAAAGAUAAUUCACUUGCCGCUGAUAACUCCGCUAUCUGGGUCACAGGCAACCUCAGACCCUCCAAGUGCCCCUAUUUUCCAGGGACAGUCCUGGAUUUAGAGAAGCCGACCCAGUUUCUGAUUUGAUCGUGGAAGCUCCCACUUUUCCUUAGGAUGUCCCUGUUUUCUUUGGAGAAAUGUUGGAGGGUAAGGAGUUAUCUUGCCCCUGAGCCUGAGUGAAUUGCACCUGAAAAUGUUUUGUGUGCAUGAUGUGUCCUGGUGCUGAAAUGCUCUGACCUCUUGCGCAUCUCGCCCCUGUUCCUGCAGCUUGCCGUCCACCAUGACGUUGCCCGCGGCGCUGGUGGGUGCUGGACCACGGCGUGGGAGCAUGCCUUUGCCCAUCAAGCACCAGCUGGUGAGGGCGUCGGCGGUGGAUGAACUGGACUCUCCCCCCAGCUCCCCCGAAGUGGGAAGCACUGGGGGGGCAAGCCCCGCAGGAGGACGCGGCCCCUACAAAGUCAUGUUGCUUGGCGAGAGCGGGGUGGGGAAGACCACCUUGGCGGCCAUAUUCGGAGGCCUUAGAGGAGGCGCCCACCAUGAGGAAGAGCACACAGAGGAUUCCUACGAAAGAAAUUUCUACGUAGAUGAUGAAGAAGUCACUCUAAUAUUAUACGACAUCUGGGACCAGGGAGAUCCCGGAGGCUGGAUGCAGGAAUCCUGCCUACAGACGGGAGACGCCUUCCUGUUGGUUUUCUCGGUGACCGAUCGCCGCAGCUUCACACGGGUCCCCCCCACCCUGCUGAGCCUACGGGCAGGGUGCCCUCGGACAGACCCCCCUAUUAUCCUGGUGGGGAACAAGAGCGACUUGGCGCGAUCCCGGGAGGUCUCACGCGAAGAGGGCCGCAGCCUAGCUGUCAUGAUGAACUGCAAGCACAUCGAGACGUCCGCGGCGCUGCAUCACAACACGGAGGAGCUCUUCGAAGGCGUCGUGCGGCAGAUACGGCUGCGCCGCCAUCGGCGCGAGGGCGAUGCCUUCAGCAGGGAAGGGGCUGGGGGCCGGCGCGAGAGCCUCACCAAGAAAGCCAAACGCUUCCUCUCUAGCCUCGUGCCGAGGAAUGGACGCUUCUUCAAGCAAAGGUCAAAAUCCUGCAACGACCUUUCAGUGCUAUGAGCCCCAUCGCUCUCCAUCGCCAGCCAGCAUGCCAGAAAUCUCUGCAACGAAAGGAAACACGUAAGACUCCCCUUACCCCCAGCUGCAUCAAGUUCAGGAGAGCAGCCACGUCGGCCGAGGGCAGUUCCCAAACAUAGCAAGGCUCCCAAAAUCCUCCUUGGCUCAGCUCUCCUCCCAUCAUCUUCAAAGCAUAACCGAACAAACUAUUUGCUCCUGUCCUCUGCACCAUCUUGGCUCUUCGAGAGGCCUUCUCAAACACACACACACACACACACACGUUUUUACAAAAAACACACAUUUAAUAUACAGUAUGCUUUACAGGACUGGAGGCGCCUACUGCUCUCCAAACUCACGUGCCUCUCACUUUUUCAAAUAUUGCUCGUGGCGCUCUUGUGAGAUUUAAAUUUUUUUGUCUGCCUUUAAGGGCGUCUGUCUUAAACGUGCCCAACUGGUACAAAACGCUUCAGUAAAGAGACUCAGGACUUUUGUUCAGGAUUUCUGUUCUUUUCUUGUCCGUGACGCUCAGGUGCCCAUAAUCUCUCAUGGGACAAUUUUUCCCCCCCAAGGCACUAACUCUGGAGUGAAACGUUAUGUCUACUGUAUAUGUAAACAAAUGGCCCCUAGACUCUUUGCGCAAAGCCUUACCCCUCGUGCUAUCUUAGGAGGCAUUAUUUUGCUGCCCUCUGCGUCUGUACAUAUACCGAAGAGGAUACAGAGGAUAUGAAAUGCUAGAAGUUUAUUCUCUCUAUAGUCGUGCGGCGCACCUCGCUUUUAAGAGGCCCUUGCUUAAAGGCACCAACUUUAGAAUGUAUGGUCUAGCAAACAGGAAUGCUUUGUGUUCGCUUAAAGGCACCAGCUGGGGGAUAUUUCAAUCUCAUUGCAUCGAUACGGUGGAGGAAUAGCAUCUCUAAAGCUUUGUGUACCUCACUUUUAAAGAGCACAUAAGGGCGUCCCCAAAACCUGUGCUUAUUUCAACCAUCUAACUGCAGCUUUGGAAAGCUUUAAUUCCUUUGCUUAAUGAUGCUUCCUAUGCCAAUGCUCACCUUUUAAACAAUUGCUCUGUUUUAUUAUUAAGGAAUUCAUCAAAGGAAUUGCUGUUUUAAAUACACAUAUGCUUCUCUUUUUAAUAUCACCAUCCACCUGAAGGGCAUGCUCUUCUUAAGGAGAGUCGUUGUGGAAGAUGGAUGAUCAGUUAACCGCCAUAUCUAGCACAUCGUUUUAAAGAAGCCAUCGUGACAGCAGUCUUUUCCAUUCAGCUACAGAUGGAGAAUCCCCCACAUGCCGUAGCUUAUAACCUCCCUUUUAAGAGGCAGACUAAAGGCACAAACCUCAAAGAAUUUGAGAUUGUGGGGCAGGGAUGUGUGUGUGUGUGUCUUCUGACUGACUUGCUGGACCUUUUGUUUCGAAGGCUACACCAAUAAUGAAAUGGAACAUUUAAUGAUUAACCAGCUUGGAGCCUGGUUCUUUUAAGCAGCUCUUAAAGGGACAGGAAGAAAAAGACUGCUUUCAGCUUCCAAAAAGACGGAUUUGAAGGAUGUAGCCUUAUAUGUACACCCCACACCUGCCAAAAACAAACAAACAACAAAACACCUUGAGGAAGAGUGCCUGACAAAUGCUGUGUGCUUAUUUUCCAAUUAAAGCCAUUUUCUAUUAUAGUACCUUCAUUUAUCUUACCUGUAGCGUCUGGGCCAGGGGUUGCUCAGAAGUGGUGUGGGAUGUAGAGAGCAAAAAUGGUAAAGGGACCCCUGACCCAUUCGGUCCAGUCA